UGCCCCUUUAUUCCCCCAUGAGGCCAUCAAUAUGCUCCCCAACAUCACCCCAGUCUUGUCGUCCAUUUCGCGCUCUCUGUGUCUCUGUCUCCCUAGCUCUCCGAUCGUUCCCAUGGCGUCGACGAAGAAACGCGGACUUCCCUUAGAAGAUGGACAGGAGGCGAAGAAGGCGAAAAUUGAAGACAUAACAGAGUCUUCGGAAUCAAAGCUCACACAGCGCGUGGUGCUCAACCCUGCUGACUGCAACUUAGAUUUCAAUAUUUUAGGCAAUGGUCUUCAAGGAUCUGCACUCCAUGAGCAGGGGUUUGCUUAUUGCUGGUCUGGUGCUCGUGGUAAUGUUGGAAUAACUCGUGGGAAAUACUGUUUUGGUUGCAAAAUUAUUGCAAUGCAGCCAGUUGAUAUUGAGGACACUGUGCAGCAUGUUUGCCGUGUAGGAAUUUCUAGAGGGGAUGAUAAUGUGGGGAACCUAGGGGAAACUGAACACAGCUUUGGGUUUGGGGGCACGGGAAAAAUUUCAAGUGCAGGUGAGUUUUUAGAUUAUGGUGAAAAGUUUGGGAUUGGAGAUUCAAUCGUCUGUGCAGUUGAUCUUGAAAAUAAACCGUUGGCUUUCAUUGGUUUCUCCAAGAAUGGUAAAUGGCUGGGUACUGCAAAGCAAUUUGAUGCUGGUUCAAAGGGUCUUGGAGUGCUGGACUCUCCGACAAGAAAGUUACAAUGGGAAUCAGCUCUCUUUCCCCAUGUCUUAUUGAAAAAUGUUGUGGUCCAGUUGCAGUUCAGUGUUGAAGAGGGACUUGUUCCUGAAAAUGAUUUUAAGCCUUGGGCUUCUGCUCUCGAAGAUGGAAAUGCAGUGAUGGGCCCCACUUCUUCUAAGCCAGAUGAUUGUGAAGUGAUGAUGAUGGUUGGUUUACCUGCCUCUGGAAAGACUACAUGGGCAGAAAAAUGGAUAAAGGAGCACCCUGAGAAGCGAUACAUUUUGCUUGGGACAAACCUAAUUCUAGAUCAAAUGAAGGUGCCGGGAUUAAUGCGCAAGCACAAUUAUAGUGAACGAUUUGAUCGUCUAAUGGACAAAGCAACUGGGAUUUUUAAUACCCUUUUAUCUCGUGCUGCCAAAACACCUCGCAACUACAUAAUUGAUCAGACAAAUGUUUACAAGAAUGCACGUAAACGUAAACUGAAGCCAUUUGCCUUCUUUCAGAAGGUUGCUGUAGUGGUAUUUCCAAGGCCCGAAGAGCUGAAAUUUCGUGCUGCUAAAAGAGUCAAAGAAAUGGGAAAGGAGGUACCAGCCGACGCAGUAAAGGAAAUGUUAGUGAAUUAUGUUUUGCCGAGCAGCAAGGAUAUGCCUGGGUCAGACGAGUAUUUUGAUCAGGUCAUCUUUGUAGAACUCAAUCCAGCAGAGUCCCAGAGACAUUUGGAUGAGAUGAAGCGCACUCUGGCUUCUGCUACCAAUCUCAACUCAAAUAACUCUUCACCUUAUCAUCGGGAAAGUUCUGUCAAGUCAGUUACUGGAUUCUCGCCUCAAGAUCAGGUGGCUUUAGCAGUCUCUGGAAGACAUUGGCAUAAUUCACCUUUCCAUGCAUCUAAUUCUCAAGGGCCCAACCAAGUGAAUACAGCAUAUCAACAGGGUGGACCACAUGCAAGUAGAGGAUCAAAUGUUCCAGCAUAUCGAGGUAAUCAAUAUCCUGCUGUAGUUAGGGUAGCUGCUGCUCCUGGAAACUGGAGUUAUGAAAGUUCUCUUCCUAGAGAUGAUGCUGGUUGCUCUGGGAGUUACGGUGGCAUUCCUAGUUGUGGUACUGCCCCUUAUCCCUACAGGAGUAGUAUGAUUGAACCCUUCCCAGUUGGAAGUGCAAGUACAAUGCCACUCUCAUACAGCACUCUUGGUGAGCAUUUUAACGACAAUGGAGGUCCUGGAGCUAGUCUGCAAGCAACAAGAACUUUGGGUUAUGGAAUGGGUGGCCCCUACAGCAGAUCUAACAUUGAAGCCAAUAAUAACAUUCCUGGUGCUGAUGCUUACCCCUACAGGAGUAGUAUGAUCGAACCCUCUCCAGUUGGAAGUGCAAGUACAAUGCCGUACUCUUACAGCGGUCAUGGUGGGCAUUAUAAUGACAUUGGAGGACCUGGAGCCGAUCUGCAGGCACCAAGAGCCCCCACAUUUGUACCCAGGCCUCUGCCAACCGCAUUAGGUUCAGCUUAUGGAACUCCAAGUCCAAGAGCUCCAUAUGGCAAUAUUCCUAAUGAAUUGCGGUAUUCUGAGGGUUGUGCUCCUCCCCGUCCCCGAUACUACUAGCGGCUGCUGCAUAGGUUUGCUGGUUUUUCCUAGUUUUUUGGUCAUAAUUAAAGGUGAAUAAGUCGCUACGUCAGUUUAAGGAUUGCCUACUUUGAAACGUCAGCUUUAUCGCAGCAACUGAAGGAAAAUGCUUCUGUAAAUAAUUUUUGUUAAAGGUGUUUGUACAUGAUAAGAUAACACAAGCAUGACGUCUUUUUUUUUU